AUGGUGGCAGCAUCAGACAGCGCAGAAAAGCCGAAAGCCAUCGCUGGAAACAAGGUAUCCAAACCACUGAUGGAAAAGAAACGAAGGGCGCGCAUAAACAAGUGUUUGGACCAGUUAAAGUCGCUUCUGGAGAACUAUUACACCAACAACAUCAGGAAGCGCAAGCUGGAGAAAGCAGACAUACUGGAGCUCACCGUGAAACAUCUGAGGAGCCUCCAGAAAGUUCACAGCAGUAAGUCAACUUUUACGCGUGCCGAAUCAUCUGACUUCCAAGCAGGCUUCCGUAGCUGUCUGGCCAGCGUCAACCAGUACUUGAUGACGGCAGACAACGUGAACGGGAGGGACAGGUGGACGUUGUCCCGUCUAUCAGAUAACCUUUGCUACACCCGUCGGCGGGAGGAGGGCUCCAGCACCGCGGACAGCGACCCUGAGCCGCAAGCGGCGGCGAUGCGACGGCUGCUUCCGCCUAAAGCCGUGCCCGCUUCCGGAAAAGCCCCCGUCCCUGCUCACUUUGCCCGGUGCUGGAGAGCGCUCAAGCCCCGCAGCGAGAGCGCAGGCGCCACGUCCCAUUCCCCCCUAGCUAAAGGGGACGGGACCCCGCCGCAAGGCGUCGCUGUAACAGCAGUUCACACCCCACAAGACAUGACCCCCAGAGUGCGCAGCAGCAUGUGUGCGUCUGUCAGCCGGUGUAGCAACGACGCCGCCAGCUCUCACACGAACGUGUGGCGGCCAUGGUAG